GGCAGCCGCCGGAGGUCAAGGGGUGGAAGAUGUCGCGCAGUGAUUGCGUCACUUCCUGGCGGCGGCGGCGGCGGCGGCGGCGGGGAGCGCCAUGCCCAAGUUUUAUUGUGACUACUGUGACACGUACCUCACCCAUGACUCGCCCUCCGUGAGAAAAACCCACUGCAGUGGCCGAAAACACAAAGAGAACGUGAAAGACUACUAUCAAAAAUGGAUGGAGGAACAAGCUCAGAGCCUGAUUGAUAAAACAAUAGCGGCUGCAUUUCAGCAAGGGAAAAUUCCACCUACACCGUUCUCGGCACCACCUCCCGCAGGAGCCAUGAUACCACCUCCUCCCAGCAUCCCUGGCCCCCCGCGGCCUGGCAUGAUGCCGGCCCCUCAUAUGGGUGGCCCGCCAAUGAUGCCAAUGAUGGGCCCACCCCCACCAGGAAUGAUGCCGGUUGGACCUGCUCCAGGGAUGAGGCCACCCAUGGGAGGACACAUGCCCAUGAUGCCAGGGCCGCCAAUGAUGAGACCACCCUCCAGACCCAUGAUGGUGCCAACCAGGCCGGGAAUGACCCGUCCAGACAGAUAAAGGUGGAAGUGGCGCUACCUUUUCUUUUUCGUGUUACGAUCUUCCACAUGAUAAAAUACCAUAGACCUAUGUCCCUAGGAUUUUGUAUUAAAGCAGUGUGUAGAGCAGAUCUGCUGUCACUUCAGAUUGCAGACGGUUUGACCUAGAUGCACACUGGACUGAUGCUUUUGUACCUGCUCUGGGUUUUUUUGCUGGUUUUUUAUUUGUUUUUUUUUUUUUUCCCCCCAUUGAAUCAUAAAACACAACAAUAAAACAUUUGAUGCUGGUUUACA